AUGGUGGAUUUAGCGGUCCUUGAUCUCUCAUACCAUAAAUUAACUGCAGAACUUCCUCAGUGUUUGGGAAAUUUGACUAGCUUGUUUGCAAUGGAUUUUGCAAAAAAUAAUAAGCAUGGACGUAUUCCUGAAUCUUUAGGUUUUAUGCUUGAGCUGGAAUGGUUGCGGUUGCAUAGCAAUAAUUUUUCAGGUGAGCUUCCUACGUCAUUGAGAAAUUGCACCAUUUUGACAGCUAUCGAUCUUAGUGAGAACAAAUUCUCUGGAAACAUACCAACAUGGAUAGGGGAAAGCCUAUCAAAUGUCUAUAUUCUCAACCUUUUGUCAAAUAUGUUUUUUGGAACUAUUCCUCCACAUCUGUGUUGUCUUACUUAUCUUCAGAUCUUGGAUCUCGCACAUAACAAGCUAUUAGGAGCCAUACCAAGGUGUUUAAGCAAUUUCAGUGCCAUUGUUACAAAGGAGCAUAAAAGUGAAACGAUUGUGGGGAUGGAAUAUCAUGAUGAAGAUGAAGAUGAUUUGUUAGGUUAUAAGGAAAACAUAACAGCGGUUAAAGAAUUAGCACGUCUAUCUGAGCUACAAGGUUUGAAUUUGUUUGGGAAUCAUUUGAAGAGAAACAUUCUAAAGAAAAUUUAUGUCUUGAGACACUUAGAGUCUUUUGACCUGUCGUGGAAUCAACUUUCUAGUACUAUUCUGCAGAGCUUGCCAACAUUAAAUUUCUCAAGUAGUCUCGAUCUCUCACAUAAUAAACUAUUCAGGCUUUUGCUUCCAAAAGAGUGUCCAAAAGAUAAGAUGUCUUAG